AGGAAAUGGGAGAGUGUAGUGUGAGAGAAAGGACUGGGAUAGAAAGCGUGAGAGAGAGAGAGAGAGAGAGAGAGAGAGAGAGAGAGAGAGAGAGAGAGAGAGAGAGAGAGAGAGAGAGAGAGAGAGAGAGAGAGAGGGCGGAGGGAGAGAGGGACAGCAGGGAAGAAAGGGAGACAAGGAGUUGGGGAACCAGGGCAGUUAGAGGGGCAGGGAUGAAAGGGGGGAAGCACAUAAGGCAGGGGUGAAAGGGGGGAAGCACAGAAGGCAGCGG